AUGGAAAAGAACGCCACAUCCGAGAAGAUGAUCAUCAAAGCAGAGAGGCCAGGCGCCGCGGCCGCGGUGAUCACUGUGGACGUCGAUCCGGUGGCUCUGAAUUGCCCCAAAUGUCUUCGUCCCCUCGAACCUCCUGUGUUCCAGGUGGCGGCAGGCCACGUCGUUUGCUCGACCUGCCACGGCGACCUCCCGGACAAGGACAAGCGCGUGUCGUGCUUUGUCAACUCGGGCUUCAGCCGCUGCUUCAUCCCGACGAGCUACGGCCGCUGCUUGGCCCUAGAGCGCAUCCUGCAAUCCAUCCGUGUCUCCUGCACACACGGCUGCGUCGCCGCCAAGAUGCUCUACCACGAGAAGGCGGAGCACCAGAAGACGUGCGCCGUAUCAUCAACCGCCGUGGAGCAGCAGGCUGUGCUCCUGCAGCAAGGUCCCCCGGGUGCCUGCAGCUACGAGCUUGUUUUGCCCAAGGUUCUGCCGACCUCCCGGGCUAGCGUCACCGUCACCAUCGCCGGUGAUGACGUCGGGAGGAAGAAGAUCCCCGGUAGUGGCAAGGGAUCAAUGGGAUCGUUGGUGAGGACGGGUCCUUGCGGCGGCAUCGGUGGCAACGUCAGGGAGACAAGCAUGUCGGAUGUCAACCGAAUCGUCCAGGUCAUCGUCCGCCACUGGAACGCCGUGGACGCCAUUUCCGUCAUGUACGAGCGGAAGGGCAAGGAGGCGUGGGCCGACAGGUGGGGUGGCGAAGGCGGCAAGCCCUCCACGUUCAGUCUGCAGCAGGACGAGUACCUGACAAGCGUCCAUGGCCACUACGGCCAAUUCAAGGACUUUGUAGUCAUAAGAUCGCUGACGUUUGUCAGCAACCUUCGCAGCUACGGGCCGUACGGGAAGGAGGACGGCGUGCCAUUCGCGCUCCACGCCGGCCCCGGUGGCAAGAUUAUGGGCUUCCAUGCGCGAUCGGGCCAAUUCCUCGACGCGAUUGGCACCUAUGUGAAGAUGGACAAUUAUUGA